UUCCGAUGGUUUUCCUGCUCGUUUCAAUAUGGCGAUGGUUAGUUGCUUAGUGCUUCGAAGAUCUCGUCGCUUGUCAUGAAUUUUCUGAUUUUUAUUCCCGUUCCUUUGUAUAAUUUCGACGCGAACGCGAAUCCUUGAUGUACAUAUUAGUAUCGGGAUCCGCGCGUAAGUCCUCUGACUAUGAAGCUCGACGUCUGAUUAAAAACGGAUUUCGACCGAAAAGUUUUAUCUAAGCAGCGCGAUAGAUUUAGUAAUCUCCGUCCUAUUAAGUCCUAGAACUGCUGCCAGUUUCUUGUUAUUUCAUUACAUGCUAGAGGAGAUCGAAAUUUCCUUUAAGAGCGUUCGACAUUUACUUUGGAUAAUUUCGUUCUUCAACCGCAGCCGAAAGGAUUCGAUCAGGGAUUGCCAUGAUCAUUUGUGAAUGAACAGUACUUCAUCGAAAGUCAUUUCGUUUGACAUUACUUAUCAUGAAAGGAACAGCAACAAUAAAAUAAAUUAGUUCACCUGUUAAACACCGAGGCUACAUAAUACGUACAUACACAAGGUAGUCAAUCAUCGAGUCUGAACACGAUGGCUGAAACACAAAGAAUGACCAUAUAUGGCAGACAUCCUCCCUGUGCCAGUGGAACUCGUUUAGAGGAACGCCGUGCCAGGAGAUUAGCAUUAAGAUUAGAAAGAAACCGAAAAACAGACAAGCCAGAUGACUUUAUAUGUUACGAAUCGAGUGACGACGAAGCAGAAACUGUGAGCGAAGGAAAACAGUUCUUGAGAACUUCAUUUAACUUCGUGGAUUACGUACGCGCGCGAGAAACGAACACGAAGGAAGUGAGAAAGAUUAAUCAAGAAUAUGGAUUCCGACAUAUAUUGACUCACGAUCUAUUUAAAGAAUAUUCGGUUAGCUUAAAUAAUAUGAAUAAAGUAUUUUGUUCUCAAUGGUUAAGCGAUAGGCAAGUAGUGUUUGGUACGAAAUGCAACAAAUUGAUGGUUUAUGACGUAGCGACACAGAAAUUAGACCAAAUUCCGUCUCUGCAUGGGAGGCAAAUUAAUUCGGGAGGCGGUGCUGUUCCUGAGCAGCAAUGUGGUAUACAUUCUGUUCAAAUUAAUCCUUCAAGGACACUUUUGUCAACGGGAGCUAGAAAUAGUAACGAAAUAGCAAUAUACAGGCUACCAACACUGGAUCCAGUCUGCGUAGGAGAAGGCGGUCACAGAGACUGGAUCUUCGAUAUGUGUUGGCUAGACGAUGAAUUUUUAGUUUCCGGUUCUAGAGAUACCAAAAUGGCGCUAUGGCGUAUAGACAACGACCUCGCCGAGGCACCUGAUAAAGCGGACGUCCCGACACACAGAUUGAUUCAACCUGUAUGCGUGAAGGAGUGCAGAUCCGCGCAGAAAGUGCGAGCUCUUGUGUUUAAUAGAACGUACAAAGAGAUCGCAGCCAUCACUCUCAACAAUUUUAUACACAUCUGGUCUGCAGAGACUUUCCGACAGAAGAUAUCUAGAAAAUUGCCGGUUUGCCAAGAAAACGUUUGCCUCGCUGUACAAGAUGAUGGCGUUUACGCCGUAGGAUGCCGGUCUUAUACUCUGCUGUUGGACGCGAGAACUGUUCAGCCAAUAAAAAGAAUACCCUCACGGUACAGCGGUUGCGGGAUCCGAUCGGUUAGUUUUCAAGGCUCCGUUCUAACAAUCGGUACUGGCUUGGGCAUGAUGUUUUUUUAUGACGUCAAAGCACAAAAGUAUCUUGAAUCUUCAAUUAAUUCGAAUAGAACCGUUGUACUGAAAGCGUCGAAGGGAUACGUGUUUCCCGAUGAAGAGUACAUUGACGGUUUCCAAAACGUAAAGUACACGCCUGCUAUAUAUACUCAUUGUUACGACGGUUCCGGAACUCGAUUAUUCACUGCUGGUGGACCUCUCCCUGUGAAUCUUUAUGGUAACUACGCAGGAUUAUGGCAAUAAAGUUAAUUUUAGCUGAGAACCGCAUCGACUUUUUAUGUAAGUAACUAUAAGUUGUACAUUUAAUCAAGUUUUAUCGAAAGAGAUGUGUACACCGGAUAUUAGAAUCAUUCGUUUGUCACGCUGCGAUCUCAUUUCUUCACAUUGCGCAACCAGACAUUUGGAAGAUGUUUCUAGUUUAAAUUAAUUAAAAACUAGAACAUUUCUCAAUCAAUUAGAGGUGUAUACAUCUCGACUGCCCGAUGGAAUAAGUGAUAAAGUUCAAGUAAAUCCUUUGAGCGUUUCAACGAUACAUUUUGAGUAUGAAAGUGACUUACUAAGCAAUUAUAUCAGAACGUCAGAGUUUUAAAAAUCAUGGAAUAAUAUUACAAUCGAAGACACUUUGGUUAAUCACCAGCGUAAUAUCGUUAUGAUUUUUUAACCGUCGUGCGAAAUUUUCCACUAGCACUACUAUACGUGGAUAUUCGAGCGAUUAAACGAAACUGUCUUGCAUACAAUUUGAGAAUCAUUGAUCGUAAAGUUCUCUGUUGAGAGAGAGAUCUACUUUUCAAUGGAAGAAUAGCAGAGCAAUGGACAUUAAGUUUCUCAGAUGCAAUUUAUCAAGUUGAAAUCUCAAUACUGGCCUUAGGAGAAUAAUAUACAAUGAACAUUACGAGAAGUUAUUUAAAAAGAUCGAUAUUUAUUUAAAUGUUCGUAAUAUUUCUCUGUAUUACAUAGUAGAGACGUUAAAUCAAAAAUUCAGUUCGUCGAAUUCGUAUGUUAUACAACUUUACAUAUAAAUGUACGAUUAUGUUCAUUUUAUACAAUUAAAUGAUGCAAGUGGAUUUUCAGUAACUUAGGAUAGAAAACCAUUUUAAUGGGAGGAAGAGUUGUUGUAAACGACAAGUAACUGAACGAUUAGUAUGUCGUAGUGGAUAUAUGAUAACAAAAUGUAUUCUGUGUAUGCUCAUUGUACAGGCUAUAAAUUGUUGGCAUAUAAUCGCGACGCUCGUCGCAUUAGUAAUUAACAAAAAAACGGUGAAAUGUGUGUUAUAUUUACAGAUUCGUAAUUAAAUUGAAUUGCAUGCAAUCCUGCAUAAUGAACGAAUACAUCGGAUACAUUUUACCACGAUUAUAACAUGUACUAUUAAAAAUAUUAUAAAAAAAGAAUAUUAUUAAACUAUUAAUAGUUUCCUUCUUGAAUAUCCGCGAUAAUUUGUUCGAUCUUCCGGGAACGGCCCGCUGCAUCUCUUCUUUAAACGGAUGGGCCUUUUGAAUUUCGUUUACAGUUCAAUUUCAACGUGCAGCUAUUGUCCAUUCGAUCGAGACGUCCUAAUUUUCAUAUCUACUUAAGCGAAACGAAUCUGAGUAUCGUGUAAAUUGAAAUAAUGCAAUAGUAAAGUAAAAAUAAAUAAUUUUUAUACUUAAACUAUACGUAUAAGUUACAAACAAAUUUUUGUACAGGUACAUACGAUCUCGGAAUACACUUCUUCAUGUAUUAUGCUUACGCAAAUGUUUUGCGAGAAAAUGGUCGUGCAUUAGAGUGACUUAAAAAUAGUUGUCCUUGUAUUCUUUAACAGUUCUUUGGCUUCUCUUUACAUUUCCUUUUACAAGCUUGUAUCUCGUUCGAUUUGAUCAUCAUUUUUAUUUAGGAAAACGUUGUUCCAAAGUUUAGUUGUCGUUAAGAAUAUGGGGACAAGUUUUAAGCUCCUGUAGACUGAUUAAAAAUCGUCCCCGUUUUGUUAGUAAAAAAAUAGUGCAAUUUUUCAAGCGUAUAUUUUGCUGAAACGAGGAGGUAACACCCGUAGUCUUAUUUAAUGCUUUAAAACGGUAAAUAUUUCUUAAAAUCAGUGCUACUACAAAACAGCACUGGCGAUAUUGUAAUUUUAUGUGUGUGCAUAUGUGUGCGUGAAGUCAAGUAAUUUAUGUAAAUAAAAUAUACCAAAUGAUUAAACAGCGCCUGUCGAGUCUCUUUUGAUUCGAAAAAUAUGAAACUACCAAGAGAAGAGAGACGCGUUUCGAUAUAAACAAAUUUAUUACUGGUAUAUCGAUACAAGAUAUUUUAAUUUAUGAUCUUCACAAAUGUAAAUCGUGUAUAAUUUAUACAAAACAUGUUAAAUUUCGUAGUAUACGUGUUAUGUAUGCAAAACGUUUUAAAUUCCGUUUAGCCAUUAUCAGAUAUGUUACGUUUGUCCGUUGGAGAUGUACCGAGGCGCACAAUACGCGUGCAAAUAAAGGGCGACCCGUUUUUAUACACUCGUCGGAGUGUGUGUGUGUAUAUAUGUGUGUGUGUGUAGGUCUUUGAGAAGUGGAAGAUUAUCUAUUCACGCGGUUUUUUCGGGAUUAACAGAGUUGUUUCUACCCAUCGUUACUCUAGAAGCCCUAAGUCGGGGUAUAAAUAAGCUCAUCGUUUCUUUUUGGUAUAUCCUAACUCGUGAGUGGCAUAAAUAAAUAUACGCUGAUCGUAACAAUA